GAAGCUCGGAGUGUCGUCGUGAUCUUCUUAACAGCUCGGUUGCGAUCGCUCUGUAGGGAGCUUGCACAGUCACAGACGUGAAUUCCCUGGGGUCUGAUAGCUGUAGUGGGCGGGGAUUCGGACAUAGAGCUGGUUGGAACGGGACAACAGAAUUGCGAAAUACCAUGGAUGUGUCCGCGGAUUCAGUGGAUAGGGCGCCAAUCACUACUUCUGCGGUGUUGAUGUCCUCGUCGAAGCACAUCGCAUCCAAGUGCGGAGCGGAGAACAGAGCCUUUCUGGAUUGCAAGAAGAAUGAUCCUAAUCCGGAGAAGUGUUUGCAGAAGGGUCAGAACGUGACCCAAUGCGUCAUCUCUCUGUUGAGGGAGCUUAACACUAAGUGUCCAAAGGCCAUGGAGUCUUAUACGAAGUGCAUGGACUACUAUAGCAACGAGUUUGAACUUUGCCGGAAGGAGCAACGGGAAUUUGAAGCGAGCUGCCCUCCAUAGGUCAUCCAGUGUAUUUCUAGGGUGUUGACGGAUCCUUCCGUUUUUGACUGGUUCUUUAGAGGAAAUUCCUUUUGUUGAUUCGUUGGGUUGAUUCGUUGGUGCACUAGGCUCUGAAGCAGUAUGAAUUCACCACGCUCGUCAAACCAAGAAAUUCAGUAAGCCCUCUGUCAUUGGGCUUUUGUUUUUAUCAAGUUUGGGAGGUCCUCUUCUCUUUCUACCCUAGUUGACGUCUACUCUUGUCAGUGACUUUCCAGUUUAUAAAAGAAUGAAUUACUCACAGA